CCCCGCGACGUCUCGCAUCGACACGCACGAUAGCAAAUACUGGACUCCCCCCAAUACUGCCAGCGCUUCCGAGCCUUCGUCAGCCCGGUCGCCCGUCUCUCGCGCCGGAACCCGCACACUCGCGCCCACUACGAGUAACAACCUCAGUCUUGUCGGAGGAGGAGCUGGCGCCUCCAUUGCUUUUGCCGCCCACGCCGCCUCCAGCAUCCUCGAGCGUGGUCGUCACGUGCCGCCGUCGCAGCCGCCCCAUUCCCAGGGGCAACAACAUGCCAGUAGCGCAGCCGGCGCCAUGCCUCUCUCGUCCGGCACCAGCUCCAAGAUCUCUGGUUAUGAUGGCUCCCGCGCCGAAAGUGUCUCCAGCAUUGCUGGCACCACGGUAAGCAGUCGGACAUUCCUCUCGAGCGACCCGCUUCCGAACCCCGACCAGCUCGCCAACAACGAGGCCCGACCAUUUGUUGUGCGCAGCGGCCGAACGUACAUCUCCGAUCCGACGCUGGCGUACCCGCUGCCCGUCGAUCUCGAGGAAAUACAUAGGCAGACCCUGAGGACGCUGUUGCUUCUGCAGCUCUUUGGCAAGCCCAUAUGCUCGCCCGAGUUCGCCGACCAGCCACCCAAGCGCAUUCUGGAAAUUGCCUGCGGCUCUGGCGUUUGGUCGAUGCUCUGCUACAAGCACUACAAGAAACUCGGCCAGGCUGACGGCAUUUCCUUUACGGGUAUUGACAUUGCUCCCCUGGCUCCACCCAGCAGCUCAGGCAACAGCGACAGUAGCGAAGGGCGCCGCAGCAACCGCGCCUCUUCCUCGUCUGCUACGCUGUCAGCAGCAGGUGGAGGUGGUGCCACGAGCUCUUCGGGGAUGCAACCUGACCCGCAAAUGAACUGGCGUUUUGUUCAGCAUGACUGCCGCAAGUUCCCUUUCCCCUUUCCUGACGGCUCGUUCGAUUUGAUCAUGUGCAAGGACGUGUCUCUCAUCACUACUACUGCCAUGCAGCAGCCGUUGAUCGACGAGUACAUUCGCCUUGUUGCGCCGGGCGGUGCCAUCGAAAUCUGGGAAAGCGAUCAUACUCUGCGCAUGCUAAGGCCGCACGUCCCCGAACAUAUGCAGAACUCGUCAGCGCCGGCCGCUGGUGAGGAUGGGCAGCCGGCCGAAGGUAGCGAGGACAACGAAGUCGAGAAAAGCCCCGAGGAAAUCGAAGCCGCCGAAGCCGCCCGCAUGGGAGCCUACGUAAUGACACCCAACACUCCGCUCUCCUCCCCGCUCAACCAUUUCCUGGUGGAAUACAACGCCUGGCUGUCCAAAGCCCUCGAAGCCCGUUCUCUGUCGUCCAUGCCCUGCACCCUCAUCGGCCCCAUUAUGCUGCAAGAAGCCGAGACCCUCACAGCGAUGGGCAACAAGCGGCUGGCUGUUCCGCUAUCAGAAGUCCGUUGGGAGCGCGAGGGCGUGGGCGGUGUGGUGACCAAGGAUGGAAAGGCGUUUAUUUCGACAAAGCCGAGUUUUUCGAAUCUGCAAAUGGAUGCGAAUGGGGGAAUGGGAAAGACGUUGGGGCCGGAAGCGCGGGCACUGAGGAGGACGACGUUGAUCACGGUGGUGCAGAUGAUUCAGAGUUUGGAGCAUAUACUGAGGGAUGUGAGUGGAAAGAGUCAGGAUGAGUGGGAUGCAUGGUUGGGUAAGAUGAUGAAUGAUUUGGUGGAAGGGAAUGGGACGAGUUGGGGAGAGUGUUUGGAGGUUGGAGUAUGGUGGGCCAGGAGGAGGUGAGGCUAUUUGAGGUUGAGGAAGUAACGAGGGAGAGCAGUCAAGGGAGGUGUAGUUUCAUUUGUGAUGGAUCGAAUGGUAAUUUCUUAAUGGUGGCCUCUGUUUCUGGAGUCGAAAGGAAGGAGGCCGGGAUAUAGGGUGAGCGUGUUUUGGAUAUGGAUGGGUGGAUGGAAUUGGAUGGGAUGCAUCUGGGUGGGUAGGUCUGGUGGAAGAUGUCUUGGAUGGACUUAUAUAUGGAUAGGUAUAUAGGAAAGAUGGACCUAUGAAGUCAUGUCCAGUUUCGUGCAGUCGUAUCAAGAUUCCUUCAUU